AUGGAUAUUUUUGAUCAUUCUGGUGAAAAUCUGAGCCAUGACCCCUUUGUUGAGAAGAGAAAAAUAAAAAGACAAGAAGGGGAAGAAGAGGAUGAUAUUCGAGUAAAUCUUCAGACUAAUGCUAAUGUAAUUGAGGAAGAAAAGGAAGACAUUCCAGUUAACUUUCAUAUUAAUGCUAAUGUAAUUGAGGAAGAUAUCUUGCUAGCCUUGAAACUAAUGCUAACAAACUUAAGAAAGAUGAGUCUCAAAAGGAUUCCACCAGUAUUCGCAGAGAGCCACUGCAAGGACAUGUUAAAUCAUGUGUUUCUUCAGGCUCCCCAUGGAAAAGCAUGGGAGGUCGAAGUGGAACAUUCUCAAGGACAAAUUUGGUUGGCGAAAGGGUGGAAGGAAUUUAGUAACUUAUACGCAAUAAGCGUCAAGCAACUUUUGAUGUUUACAUACAAUGCUCGUGAUCUUUUAGAUGUCACCAUAUUUGGUAUGGAUACAGUUGAAAUUAAAUAUCCGAUACAAGAUACUGAAUCAUAUGAUUCUAUGGAUAUUUUUUAUCAUUCUACUGAAAAUCUGAGCCAUGGCCCCUUAGUUGCGAAGAUAAUACAAAAAAGACAAGAAGGGGAAGAAAAGGAUGAUAUUCGACUGAACCUUCAGACUGAUGCAAAUGUAAUUGAGGGAGAAGAGGAAUAUAUUCCAGUUAACCUUCAGAUUAAUGCUAAUAUAAUUGAGGAAGAAGAGGAAGAUAUUCCGGUUAACCUUCAAACUAGUGCUAACGAACUUGCGGAAGAAGAGUCUCAAGAUCAGGAGGUCGAAGAAGAUAAUCAUAGAAGUGAAGAAGUUGGUCAAAAGAAUAACAAUCGGCAUAGCGUGGUGAACUUAGCUGAUGACACUCCAUAUUUUGAAAUUGUUAUUAAAAAGACACACACUACCUAUUUGGUAAGGUUUAAUAAUUUGUACAUUUGCUAGAUUUUUCAUUCCUUGACAAUCAAAUCAUUUUCCUAAAAAUCUAAUGAUCAUGUUUGUUUGAUAAAUAUGUUUAUUAGACUAUCCCAAUAAGAUUCGCCAAUAGGACAAACAUAGUCAACAUGAAGAAUAUGAGGUUGGUUAAUGGAGAAGGAAUAAGAUGGGGAGUGGAAAUAGAGUACACUAAGUGUAGGGCUAUCAUAAAAAAAGGAUGGACAGAAGAUGGGGAGUGGAAAUAGAGUACACUAAGAGUACACUGGUGUGACUUGUCGCUUCAAAUUUAUUCAGGGCCGCAUUGCUAAUGUUUUGCAGGUUUAGAAGAUCCCAACACCCCAUUCCUUAUGAAAUUAUUAGCCACAAUUUCUUUGGAUUGUAUUCUGGCCAUUAUAGUUCGGCUAUGGGAGAUGCUAGGCAAAUAUUAUAAUUAUUUUCUUUAAAACACAGAGAAACGAUCAGUAUAUGUAUUCAGUAGUAUUAUGCUUCAAUUGUCUUCUUAUAACUGCUAAGUAUAUGUAUUCAACAAAGUAUAUGUAACCAUUUUAUUCAGUAAACAU